CAUUCUUCUAUAGGGUGCCUGUGUGGCGCCCUCUUCCUUCGGAUUUUUUGCAAAAUUUAUACUCUCCUGAUACGGCGUGUAGGCUUCUUGUGUUGAGGCCCCCCUGCUUUUUCUGAAAUUUUUUGUCAAAAUUUUCCUGAUCAGUUCCGUUUUAAUCACAGCGCCAUCAUCGACAUUUGGAUGGUCGCCUGGGAAAUCUGUCAAGAAAUGAAAAAUUGAUAUUCUACAGAGACAUAAAAGAAACCAAUGAUAAGGUGAUUAGAAUAUUGAUCCCAGAUUUCAGUAUAUCUAUAAUUGCAGGUUCGGUACCAAAUGACGAAAUCCGAUUAUAAUGGAGCCGUUAAAGUGAUACAAAAUGUUAAAUAGCACCUUUCUCAUCGUUUAGAUGGGCAAUUGGAAAUUUGUUUCAAAAAACCAAAGAAGGGUAUUCUAUCGCAAUAUACAAUAAACGGACGACAAAGUAAUUAGAAUAAGUUUGUUUCACUAAUUUUCUCCCUAAUUCCAGGUGAAAUUUCAAACGGCGGAAAGCAAUUUCUAUCCGAAACGAUGGAAUCCUGGACCAUCCGCAACAGUGAUACAUAAUGUAUAAAAAGUUUGGAAGUUUAAUUUUUUAUUUGAAACAAUGAAUACAUUUUUGAAAUUUUGAA